AAGAGCGCGCGGACUUGCCGAGCCGGCGGGCAGGAGGGCGGCGGAGAGGCGGGCGCGCCUGCCUGGGCCGCGGCCGCCAGUGCUCACAGGUGGGCGGCAGCGAAGGAAGGCGCGGCGGAGCGGAGCCGGGGUCUCCGGGACUCCAGCCGUCACACUGAGAGCCCAGCGAAGCAGAGCUCGGAAGACGCGUUCGCGCCUCGGGAGGAAUUGACCCUUCUCUCUUCCACCGGGGCCUCUUCGGUUGCCGCCGCACCUCGGCCCCAGAGCGCAGGCAUUGGUGGAUAAUGAGAGAGAGGCGUGGAUGUGUUUACCAGAUGUGAGUCGUGUUCUUUUCACCUUUACCUACUGAGGACUUCUUACAGCUCGUGGUGACAGGUGGAAAUCAUGGCACAGAAGGGCAGUAUGAAGCCAGGGAAGAAAAACAAAGCAGAAGAACCUGAAUUGGAGCCCCUGUGCUGCUGCGAGUACAUCGAUCGAAAUGGGGAAAAGAACCACGUGGCUGCUUGCUUGUGUGAUUGCCAGGAUCUCGAUGAAGGGUGUGAUAGAUGGAUUACAUGUAAAUCCGUGCAGCCAGAGACUUGCGAAAGAAUCAUGGAUACUAUUUCUGAUCGCCUCCGAAUUCCUUGGCUUAGGGGAGCCAAAAAAGUUAACAUUAGCAUCAUCCCCCCACUCGUGCUGCUGCCCGUCUUCCUCCGCGUGGCUUCCUGGCAUUUCCUGCUGGGGGCGGUGGUUUUGACCUCCCUCCCUGGGCUGGCUCUGUGGUACUACUACCUCACUCACAGAAGGAAAGAACAGACUCUGUUUUUCCUGAGCCUCGGACUGUUCUCUCUGGGCUACAUGUACUAUGUGUUCCUGCAGGAAGUGGUCCCCAAAGGGCGUGUGGGGCCCACUCAGCUGGCCCUUCUUACCUGCGGGUUAUUUCUGAUACUCUUAGCCUUGUACAGAGCCAAGAAGAAUCCAGGCUACCUCAGAAAUCCAGCAAGCAAUGCCAGAUCUCUCAGCAGCAGCCAGACCGAAUGCCUGAGUAGAGACGGGCAGGAGAAGACCAGAGGGCUCUCUAGUGCGGAGUCGUCGGGCAGUCUCAGCAACCGCACGCCGAAGGAUGAUCUUAGGGGCUCUUGCAGGGUGUUGGCCGGAAGCCCCGCCAAGGUGAAGGAGGACUGGUGUGCCAAGUGCCAGCUAGUGCGACCGGCCCGGGCGUGGCACUGCCGGAUAUGCGGCAUCUGUGUGAGGAGAAUGGAUCAUCACUGUGUCUGGAUAAAUAGCUGUGUUGGAGAAUCAAAUCAUCAAGCAUUUAUACUUGCCCUUUCGAUCUUCUUGCUCACCUCGGUGUACGGGAUAACAUUGACCUUGGACACCAUUUGUAGAGAUAGAAGUGUCUUCACAGCUCUCUUCUAUUGUCCUGGAGUUUAUGCAGAUUACAGCUCCGCUCUGUCCUUCACCUGCGUGUGGUACUCCGUGAUCGUCACGGCGGGCAUGGCGUACAUCUUCCUCAUCCAGCUGAUCAACAUCAGCUACAACGUCACCGAGCGGGAAGUCCAGCAGGCCCUGCGUCAGAAGACGGGGCGCCGGCUCCUCUGCGGGCUCAUCGUGGACACAGGCCAGUACAACCGGGGCUUCCUGCGGAACUGGCACCAGUUCUCCACCCUGGGCACCCACCCCUGCCACCACCCCGCCGAGGACAUUGUCUGAAGUGCCUUCUGCGUGGCUCUGUGAGGGGCGCUCCCCCCGCCCUCGUACCCGUCGGCGUCCGUGCAGGGUGGUCAUUUUUAUCCCCAGUUUCUUAAAGGCUAUCUAGGGCCAUGCUCAGGUUUAGACACAGGACUGGGAAGAAAUGAAUUUUUCUGACUUCACCUUAAGAGAUUUUUAUAUCGAAGCAGUAAAAAUAGAGCCAUUCUUUUCCAGUCACCUUGUUCACUAACUCAGUCACCAGGAGUGGAAGAGGAUGCGGGUUGCUAAUGCACAGAUUGAUAGAAGCCAUUCCCUUCCCUUAGCAGGGGAGAAAGAGUUUGGAUUAGGAUCGCUGCCAGUCCCUCUUCAGUUCCCGAUAGCCAUGUGACCCUUCGUGAGUCACUUUCCCGAGUCUCAGGUUCAUCCCUAAGGUGGGGUAGCGCUGCCUGCCCUGGCUACCUCACGGUCGUGAGGGUCAUGGGAGGGACGCGGCGUGUGGAAAGCACUGGAAAAUGACUGAAGCACCCAAGAGGGAUGAAGUAUUAGUAGGAAAACUCAAAGACCGAGAAAAAUGUUUGUAGGUCAGAACACUGAAGCCAAAACUAUCAGAGUAAUCCAUUUUCAGCAUUUCAGAAUGAAAGAUCCUGAAAUACCACAUUGUACAGAUAUGGUAAUUUCUGUUUCUGAAGUAUUAGACAUUAGCUACUCAGAGGAUGAUCGGAUGGAUUCACGCUGUCAUCUGAUCCUGAAGGGAUAGUCGCUAACAAUUAUAAUUAUCGGUAGUAUAAUACACAGUGGUCAUGAGUUUAGGUGAUGAGUCCUUAUAUUUAUCUCAUUUCUUCUGUAUUUAUUGUUUGGAUUUACUCUAACUCCAAACUCCAGUAGGCAUUACUGUUUUUUCUUCUCCACGUUUCACCUGGGAAGGUGCUAGCACACUUACUAUGAGCUGGAAGAGGAGAAUAGUUUACUCCUGUGGGGGAACAGUUUACUUUUUCCUGGGUAGGGUGGCUGGUCAAUAUCAAGGGCUUGAUUUUUUUUUUCCCCAAGUAAGUAAUGCAAACACUGUCAGUUACAGCGCUUAGUUGCAAAAACCAGUUUUCUGGCAUUUACAUUCUCCAGCAUGAACUCUGAGGAGUUGAUGGACAUCUUCCUACUUGCACAUUACUUCUCAUUCACCUUUCCCCUAGACAAAAUAUGUCACUGGGAGAGAAAAAACAGGGUAUAUAUGGUUUCCACUAAUUAGUGGAUUAUGGUUCUUCUUUAGCUCUUCCUAAAAUCAUAAGUUAUCUCUUUUAUCAUAUCUUAAAACUGAAAAUGUACAAAAGAUUAAAUAUAGAGAACGGGUCUGUUCUGCCAUAGAGAUAGGAUGAGGCAAUUUUGGAUGGGGAAAAUACCCUCUUAAAUAUUUGGUUUUAUACAUGUAUUUAUUUUGCAGUCCCAAAGAAAAUUCAUGAGUCCUUAAGUUUGCUUUGGUUUAUAGCUUAAUAUUGGGGAAAUAUUGCCAGCUUUUUCAGUCUUUCUGUGCAUGCUGCUGUCGUAAGAAGUUUAUAAAUGUUGAGAGGAAAUACUGCUUCUUCCUGCGACUCUCACCUCUGCGGCUGGCACCAUCCCUGGUCCUGCCAUGACACAAAGCUGUCCUUAAGACAGUCACCACAUUUAUACAGGCGUGUCUCUGCUCUCCUCAGAGAUGGAUUGUUUAGCCAGUGAGAGAGGCUCCGUAUUCCACUGGGUUGAGCCAAAGAGCAAGUCUGGGGAUGUUAGCAGUCUGUGGUUUCUACAGUGAUGCCCUUGCUCUGGCCUGGAGUCAAACAUUCAUUUGGAAUUUACGCUGGAUCUGAAAGAACUAACUCCUUUCUGCUAGGUUUGCGAUGAGAGAGAGGCGUCACAGGACAGCACAUGUGGCCAGAACUCUCUAGUUGUGGUCUCUUAAAUGCCAGAUGUAUAGCCAACUCUGAUAGUCUAACAGUUGAUAGUAGAAUUCAUAGAAACAAUAGUAUAGUUGGCAGUUUUGGCCUCUUGCCAAAUCUUUAACAACCAUCAAAAUAUGACAUGAUAAAGAUGAGUAGUGCCCAAGAGACUGCAGUCAUGUGGGAGAAUUAGGAACAACUGCCAUUUCUAUAACAGCACCCCCCUAAUGGUUGAUCUACAUGGGGCCUCUCAGGUUCCCUUACCUGUGUAAGGACUCCUUGUGUACUGUUCUGGCUGGAUGGAAUGAAAGUGCUUGUUUUAAGUUCCUUGAGAUCAUGAUUGGCAUUUUACAGAAGAAAGCUCAAACUUCUGAGAAGUUCGUGGUUUUAUGGGGGUAAAAGCCUACUGAAGUAUUUGCACCAAAAGGAGCAGCAAACAAGGGGCUCUUUGUGAGCCGGGUUUCUGUAGGCCCCGGGACACCCUAAGUCUACACUCGUAGAUUCUUACACCUUUUUAUGACCUGGAACUAUUUGAGGGAUUUUGUCCUUUUAAAGGACAAGGCCUCUGUGAACGAACGAGUCCCAGAGAAACCGGUGGUGGUGGCUGUGUGGCCAUGGUGGCCGUGGUGGCCAUGGGGGGAAUUGCUCUGCAAACGUACAAACCAGCAAUUUAUUGACCAUAGAGGCAAGCCCGCCCCUGUCCCCAGCAUAAUUCCCUUUUCUCCACCCCACCCCCCACCCCGUCCCUCAGCCUGUUAAUAAACAUACUGAUAUGCAGCUUUAGCAAACCAUCUACUAUAUUCUGACAGCUUACAUUAUGGUCAUGUACUAUUCCUGGGCAAGAAAAAUGGGUCCAUUUGCAAGAUUUAAGGGAAAAAUAGUUAAGAAUCAGGAUUGCCUGAAAGGAGAAAAGUCCUUCAGUAUUUAAAAUGUUUUUUAUGCUACCCAAAGAGUACUUCGUGGUUAUAGCUGGGCCCACCUGAAAUGAACUGACCAUUUACAAGCCUUAAGUGAGUUUUAGGGACACUGCUGGUCAUCUCACCUCAGCCACCUCUGUGUCUGCUUAGGAUCCUGGAAAUCUUUGCCAUUCAAGUAGUGUUGUCCUUUGGUGAAUGAAGUGAUUGUUGUCUUCCACUGUACCACCUGCCUAGCAGAAAGACUGCUACAAACUUUCUCUUAUGCAAUAGUCCUUGGUACUUCUCAUAUUUUUAGUAAGAGAAAAUUUUCUAUACUAGAAUCUUCCACUGCCAGAAAACACAAUGCCAGUAAGGUUCUCUAGAACACUGACCAUCUGCUUCAUAGACUAUAUUUCCUUUGGGUAGGACAUUAGCUUUCUAUUCCGAAACUCAACUAACAUAAGCAAAAAUAUGACACCUAGAAGCACAGUUUUAACCAGGAUGUUUAACAGUGUUUUGUGAAAUUUAAGGGUCUCUUUAAAUGAAGUAAGUAGGUUUAUAUGACUUCAUUUUAGCCAUAUUUAGGUACCCUGCAUUUGAAAAAAGAGAAUUUCCUCAGACAAGCAAGGGAGGAUAGAGACUUUUGCUUGAGGCACCUGUUUGGAAUCUGGUUUUCUCUUCAGCCGCGUGGCAAGUAUGCCAUCUUAUAUUAAACACUGCCAAGGUGAUGCAGGGGAAGGAGAGCAGUGCUUAACUUAGUGCUGAAUAGAAUUCCCUGUUCUUGUGAGUGUUUGCUGCGAUUAACAGAAACUUUUUGCAAACUCAGCUAAAUGUAAUCUUGUUGCUAAUGGACUGUUAGCCCACUUGAGUUGGCACCAAGGGCUUCACUGUAGUACCAGCAGCAGCCAAAGACUGACUGGUUCAUGGAUACAAGUCUCUUAGAGGUUGCGGCUAUUUCCAGCUGUUUCUGAGUUGGGCUUUCAACUUACUGCUACUCUAGCCUUUCUGGUGGCACCUUCCCUUCUAGAAAAUUCAUACUUCAAAGGCAAAGCUUUAAAACCAGAGCCAGUCGAUUCUAGUUACUGAUGCAACAAACAUCCUGUAUUUCUUUCCAUGGCACCACUGAUGAUGCCAUGUUCUAGAACUUGCAAGCUUGGCCUGCUCUGAUCCUGUGGUCUGGGUGAUUUGAUGAUUUGCGUUGUUAGGGCUUUUGAACCUUUUCAUUUGGUUACAUUUCUGGGUCUGAUGUUAGACUAAAGGAAACCCAGGAAUAUUUAAUGUUCGAUAUUUAAUGCAACUGGCCCAGCAACAUUAAGGGGUUCCUGACGCCAACUCUGCAGGCUGCGGGCUAGAUGUUUUGCACUGUUUUUAUACUUGUAUUCAUAUCCUCUUAUCACCUCAGGCUCAGAUACAAGGCCUUUUAAAUGGAGAUUUAAAAAAUUACUGUCAUUUAUGUAAAAUAAUGUACUGUGACCAAGUUGCUUAAAUGGAAAAUAAAGUGCUUUCUUUAAGGGAAAUAGUUGGUGUUUAUUAGUGUGUGUCCUCAACUCUUUUGCUUUAAGAGAAGUCUCUGUUAGCACUGGGCUGCUCCCCUGGCUACCGAGGUGUCCCCGUCCUGCGGACCUAAGUUACCCCUGGCCCUACACACUCCAUUUCCUGGGU